AUGUCAACGUCAAAUACAGCAAAAGUGCCACGCACCAAAGAUCGCCGAAAAACUUCGGCGAAAGAUUCAAAGUUUCAAAGCCUUUCAGUUAAUCUCGAAACAAUCGAGAGCCUUCUGCUCUUAUUCGAUUCGGAAGAGGAGAAUGUGGUAACAAGCGUUUUAAGACAUUUAACAGAAUUCGUACGUAGAAGUGAUAGUAAUGUUGAUACACUGAGGGAAAAAAAUGUCUUAAAUGCAUUAAAGCGUAAAGAGUUUUAUCGUCAUUUGGAAAACACGAUGAUCAAGCGAUUGACAUUGUGUUUGGCUACCGCCAUCAUUGAAAGCGCGAGUAAACUGCAAGAAUUAGGAAGCGCCGAGAAUUUGGAAAUAAUUGAAAUGUGUUUAACGUUUUACGAUUAUGAGAAGGAUGACAUCUGCUUAGAAUAUCUUACAGUGAUUAUAAAUAAUUGCGUAGAUGAUACUCAGGGAGCGAACGUUCUAUUAAAAGAUGAAGAAUUUAUUGAUAAAUUUUUCGAAGUAGUUUCUAAUACCAAUAAUCCAGACACGGAAUUACACUCAUUCCAGAUACUCGAGAAAUUUUUAUGCACUCUAGGUCAGAAUGAGCUGAAAGAGCUUUUUGCGAAACCAUCGUUCCCCAUUAAUCGAUUGCUUUGCGAUUUGACCUGCGAAUUCCUCGAGAUACGCAUAGCAGCCUUAUGCGUUAUUGAGCUAUUAAUCAAUGAUACAAGCGAGAAAAGUCCUUUCUCUUUAGACAACCCUACUAAUCUUGCCCUGGGCCAGUUAACUAAAAUGUACUGUGAAAAUCUAAUGCCGAAUCAGUUAGAAAAACUGAUUGAUGUCUUGGCGGCCGCCAUACGUAACGAGCACAUGGCUAUUUUGUUUUUCGAAUUGAAUUUAUUUGAUCGCUUUCUCGCUCAUCUAAAUGAGGACGAAAACGCGAAAAACAAAUGCUAUUCAUUAAUGGUCAUAGCUGAAGCAGCCAAAUAUCCGAGGUAUCUAGAACGUUUAGUGCAAUAUCAAGCAACUGAAAAACUCCUCAUUUGCUUGAUAUAUGUGGACUUAGCUGGGACUCAUAUCUUAUUGGGCUUAAAUCGCUUAAUAAAAUCGGCUGAUGCAAUCAAAAGGAUAUUAGAAGUAUACGAUGAAGGUUUAAUAGAAAAGCUCUUAAGAAUUUUGCCCGACUCUGUUUCGAUAAAGCUAAAAGCUCGUGAACAAGCAGCUGAGUUCUUAGGCCAACUUUUAACAGUAGCAUAUCACAAAACCGCUUCGAAAGUCAUGGAUCUGCGUCUACCGGAUAUAAUGGCUUAUAUUUUCGGUCAGCCGUCAGAAUGGCAGUCGAUAGAUUUCUAUGCGUCGUUAUUAGCGAUAAUUGAAAGCUUGGCGAGGAAUACGGACUAUCGUGAACAACUAUGCGAUUGCGAACCGUUAACCAUAAGCAUAGCUAAGCUCUUAAAAAAUUCUUUUAAUACUUCGAUAUUGGUGAGCACUAUCUUUCGUACUUUGUGUUGUUUGGUGGACGAGGCGCCAGCACGCAAAGCUUUAUUAGCUAAUGGCAUAACGGCUUCCAUUAACCGAGGUCUAAAAUCCUUGGCCAAUUUGGUUAAAACUUCUGUGACAAAUUUUAUUAUUCAAACCACACGUUUCUACGAAUUUAUUUGCGCUUACAUAGAAAAUGGAGUAUUGGAGACUCUUGUUAUGCAUCAGAAGCACUCUUUCUGUGUACCCACUUGGAAUACAGCCAUAGAGAGUGUUUUAUUUAAGGACCCGACUCUGAAAUUUUGCAUACGCCAUCACUUAGGAUUUACCGAUGUGACGGUAGGACAUGAUUUUUAUGUGUCUAAAAAGAAAUUUGAUGAUUUCCGUGAGUUAAAAGCAAUAUUAAAAGAUGAGGUCUCCCCAUUAGUGCCGAUAUUGGUCGUCAAUUUUAACCGAUGUGAAGAUGAUCCGGAUUUUGUAGUUACGAUACCACGUCAAUCGCUACUUCCUGAGGAGAUAGCGACAGGCUCGAUCUGCUAUUGUCGUCGUCCAGCGGAUCCUUUCUUACCGCAAUAUCUAAAAGAAAUUAACGAUACUUUCGAACUGUACGGUUUAGCUGCGAAUCCAUCUAAGAUGAAACGCUGCAUUGAUUUUGACAGCUUAGCGAAGCGAGCAAAAAUUAUUGCAGAAUUAGUGGCACGUAACUUGGGCAAUGAUUUAAAAAUACUCGAUUUAAAUACUCAUGAGGAGUGUUCCCAUCACGUAGUCAAUUGUCAUUUGAGAGCCUUAGCCCGGGAAGCUCAUACCACAAUUUUACCAUUAGGACGCUUACGCAGCGGUUGUCAAUUUGAAAGAGCCUUACUUUUCAAGGUAUUAGCCGAUCAGUUGGGCUUACCCUGCACUUUGCAACGCAGCGUGGAUGGACGCAUGCUUUUCAACGAGUUGCCGUUGCCUUUAGAAACUGAAGGCGAUCAUCAGUGCAGCCUAGAAACUUUGCAAUUUAUGCCCUGGAGUAUGCUAAGACCCACUCACGUUAUUGAUCUUAUGUACAACGUAGGCGAUAUGUAUCCCGUGCAAAGUCGUCAAGCUUUGCAGUAUUUGAAAUUAUAUUGA